GUUAUCCUUAAAUUUAAAAUUUUAUAUUCGUUUAACAGCGAUUAUCUGUUAAAGUUUUUUUCAAUUUGCACAGAGCAUAUAGACUAAAGUUCGAAAUUUUAUCAGGACACUCCAAGAUAGCUUUUAUCUUGGAUUGAACGCAAUUCGUUCUCUGUUGUAUGAUCCAGUCUGCUGCACGAGCUGUAUCAGUUCCGCGUGAUGGAGUCUACAAGAGGGUUUAAUAACUAUUUUCGUCGAUCAGCGCGCGGUACACAUGGCCGUGUACAUAACAGCAAGAAUACCUUACCGAGAUGCACUCGCCGAUCUCACUUUCGAAGCCAAAACAAGAAUCGUGCCACUAACGAUUAUCACGAUUACCAUGACGAAGCGGCUUGUUCAAAUUAUUUCCAGAUGCCAGAUCUAACUCGACCGCCACCGCCAAUCGUUUUCCCAAAACGAAUGGCCAAUCGCAAUCUGCAGGAUCAGAAUAUUAACGUUCAAUCGAAGUCGGUGGAUAUCGGCAGACGAGAAGAAAGUGUCAAAGAAACUGGCAAUGAUCUUUUUGACAACCAGGACUUCCUCGUUUUUAGUCACCCGGCAACAGUUAGUCAUAUUGAGAGUCCAGACGAAUUCUACCUUAUUAAUCCAUCUUUCAAUCCUAUCGUAACUGAACUAUGCAUGAAACAUGGCGAAUCCGUACUGGAACGACCCGAGAAAAUCGUAGUAGGUGCUCUGUACUUGGUAAAACCGAAAUCAGAGCCCGGUUGGUUCCGCGCUCGGCUGAUAAACUGGACCAAAGGAAAAUUUUACCACUUAUUUUGUAUUGAUUCGGGACGAACACAGAAAAUUACCAGAUCGAACAUUCGAGUUUUGCCCGAUGAUAUUAAAAACUAUGAACCAGGGGUGAUACAAUGUUGCCUGUACAAUCUCCAGCCAACUGAAAGCGGUCAGUGGUCACCUGAAGCGCAAAAAGCUAUGAAAGAAUUCAUAGAAAAAACCCCACUUAAUGUGUACAUCAUUGGGAACAAGGCAGACGGAUUGAACAUGUACCACGUUGAUUUGAUUGCGCGAACCGUUGAUGGACAAAAAUCGCUCCGCCGAGCCUUGAUAUAUCUUAAUCUUGCAACUGUUGACCCGAAUGCACCCCAAAGAGCCAAUAAGGUCGGGCGUAAAGUUGAAAUGUUGGAGGCCACACUAGAGCGUAAAACGAAAGAAUAUAAUCGUAAAAUUUCCGAUCAAGAACUUUCAAAGAACGAUGUCUUUAAGGCCAAAAUCACACAUUCGGUAUCACCCGGCGAAUUCUACGUUAGCAAGAACCAAUGGCGGGAAAGAUACGGUGCGCUGCAGCUAGAGCUAACCAAAUAUUGCACCGAAGAGGGCCACAUCGCUUUGCCGGCACACGAAGGAAUGAUUUGCGCCUUCCGUCGGACGAAUACCGAUGGAUCGAAAACUUUCCAGCGAGGUAUAGUUCUUAAAGUAGGAAGUGGGCGGUGCGAAAUUUUGUCCGUAGACACCGGGCACAAACAAGACGUUUCCUGGGGUAAUAUUUAUUACCUUCCCGACCAAUUUUGUCUGACCCCGGCGCUGACCGUUUGCUGUAAGCUCGUCGAUGUGGAACCGUUUGGGAUCACCCGUCGUUGGACGGAAUCGAUCGAACAAGAAUUUAACCGUAUAACACGCAUUCCAGCUAUAUUUCAAAUCAUCAUAGCAGAAAUCGUAGAAGAUCACUCCGCUAGCGUUGCAUUGUAUAUGAUCAAAAAGCAACAUGAUAUAUGUAUCAACGGAUUGCUCGUUAAGAAAGGUUUGGCAAAGUCCACCGGACCUGAGAGUACUAUCUAUGAGCGAACCAAGGAAAGUGUGCAGUCAAACAAGAUAACUGCCACUUGCAGCAACUCGGUUUCCGAGAAAAAAUGUCACCGAACGAAAGUGACCGUGGUCAGGGUCGUUUCCCCCAGCGAAUUCUACGUAGCUUUGGCCAGCGAUUCGUUAGCAAUAGAAAUGAUGCAAGAUAAAAUACAAAUAGCAAAAAAUUUAAUAAAACUUACUCCGGAAAAAUGGAAGCGUGGAGACCUGUGCUUGGUUCUUCCUGUCAGAGAGAAUUACCAAGGUUUAGACGGGAUCUGUUCAGAGUGGUACAGAGCUCGAGUUGAAGAAAUGAUUGAUGACACUAAACAUAAAGUGUUCCUGAUUGAUAGAGCGCAUACAUUAGAAGUGACAAAUGGCAAUAUGCGUUCGAUUCCUACGGGAUUGAAACAGGUUCAACCAGCUGCGAUUAAAUGUUCAUUGGUUUGCAUCGGACCUACAAGCUACCGAUCAUCGUGGGCACUCUCGGCUACAGAUUUUUUCAAAGAUGUGAUAGGUAAAUUUGAAUCCUUUGCCAUAUCUUUACAUGGUCCAGCAGAUGACGACGGGACCCUUCCGGUGAUCCUGUGGGGAAUCACCACCGAAACAGUGAAAGCAUUUUCGACUCAGCAGUUCAUCUAUACCAACAUCAACAGCUGUCUGGUUCUGGUCGGAUACGCUCAUCUGCGGGAAAAGUUCCCGGUUCUAGAUAAAGCACGAUCUGUACGAGAUGAGCUACAGCUCAACUACCGUACAUUUGAUCAGUUUGCAAGUGCCCUUGGAGAGGGAAACGAUGAUAUUGGCUUACCGAAAAAGGAGCCAUCGAUUGCAGAAUUAUAUGCGAGUUUGAUUUCCAGCGACGCAAUGCCCAUACAACGCUGGAAGAGUGCAGAGUAUUCCAAGCAUGGUUCAACAUUCAUUGGUAUUCCGACAUACAUAGAUAACAAGGGUAUCAUUUACCUGCACGACGAGAGAUUAGCACCAAUCUUGGACUCCCUCGACGAAACCAUCAAACGAGAAUUUGUACGAAUCAAACCUCUUACCAACGAUCAAGUCCUUGCCAAUGGAGAACCUUGCAUUGCCAGGUUUCCAAAGAAAGAGCUAUUCGGUAGAGGUGUAGUGCGGAAAACAAUCAAUAACCUAUGCUACGAAGUUCAAUCCGUAGAUUACGGUUACGUAGGAGUGUGCCAUAGAAAUGACCUCCGUAAAAACAUCAUCUGUGGAAUGUUACCUGUUCUGGCUGAGAGAUAUUGGCUAUCCAAAGUUGAUUAUUCUGGUAGUAGUUGGUCCGAAGAAGCUUUGACUGAACUACAAACGCUGAUUCUCCAUAAACGUUGCCAGGUUGAUUGUGACACCUUUAUGGAAACGGAUGCAUCAGAAGCCAUCCCUUGUUUUAUAAAACCUUUGGAGGAAGAGCAGUUCGAUGUUUCGGAGCACUUGCUAAAGAAAAACUUGGUUAAAGAAAUGUAUGACCCUUGCAAGAAUCUGACAAAUCAUAAAAGUCGUGUACGCAUUGCUGCUAAUUUCGAUAUUUCUACCAUGGACAACAAUAAUAACUGUGUAAAGGAAAACCUAUUUGAAAAAGAAUUGGACGAUCUGUUGGAACCAGUUAGUGAUUCGAAUCUAAUCGAUCAGAACGUAAUCGACAUUGAAAAGAGUUUGAUAAAUUUAAAUAUGGACCGAGUUAAGUACUUUACCCAUCUUGGAAGUAUAAAGCUUCAUGAAGAAAACGAUGAGAAUGAAGACGGCACUGUUAUUUUCAAUCCCAAUGAGUUUGAUACCUCAACAUGCAUAAAUGAGCCCAUCCUUGCUGAUUUCCCUUCGCUCGUGCUAGACCAAACUGUCGAGGGGUUCUAUUGUAAGCUAACGAAUCUGGUCGAUCCUUUCAAUUUGUUCGUGUAUCCUCAAACUACAGCACACAUGCGAACUAUGGAGGAUAUGGCUACUAAAAUCCAAUCGUAUACUCGCACCUACCAUCCAUGUACUUCGCUGAAUCCUGGGACAUCGUGUCUGGCACUAUAUCGUCCAGACAGACAGUGGUAUCGCGCUACCAUUGAAGACCGGCUCCCCGGAUCAGCCGGACUACGUGUCGUUUUCGUAGACUAUCUCAACAAGGAAACCGUACACUUGAAGCAUGUUAUGAAAUGUCCAAGCGCAAUCCGAAAAACGGUACUCAGAAAUGUACACGUAAGGCUAUAUUCCGUGCGACCGAAUCCACGUUUACGAGAGGCGGAUAUUUUGCGAAAAUUUGUGAAAACCAUCGAUGGUAAAAGUAUCUAUGCCAAAGUUAUCGAUCGCCAUCCGGAGCUACUGGUGGAGCUCUACACCGACCAUAGUUGUACGCGGCUGUUGUACGACGAAAUGAUCAGAGAAAAAUACUUCCUAACCCAGCGCGACUCGAUUGGUGCACCUACGAGAUUUUUAUCUUUCGGACGAAGAUUCUACAACCUGUGAAUUGGUGCCCCGUUGAGCUGUGGAAACAUUUGUUUGUUAAAGUUAUUCUAAAGUUUAGUUUUUCUUUUUUUUUUGCUUCCUUUAUAAUUUAGGUUUCUGUAACCGAGGAUCUGUUUGAAGCAGGAACCACCUUCAACCCAACGCGUUUCUAAUUUUCGAAUGUUUGACAAUGUUUUUUAUAUCCAUUUAUCGCUUAUGUCAGUGUUGAAAAAGUGAAGAAAAAUAAUUGAAAUAAUAUAAUAUUUCACAUUUGGAAGAAUGUUGGCUUAAAACCUAUGGGUCCCGUAUAUAAA